AUGUUGCUGGAACAACUCCCAACUUCAUCCUCAUCUUCCAGUUCCAGCGACAACAGUGGUGACCGGAGGGCCUCACCCCAGGCCCAAGUUGAAAACCCUAGCCCAUCCUCUCAAUCUCCACCACAAACAAGCGCCGCUCCACCUCGCGAGGUGGACGAAGAAGCCAUCAGGCGCCUAGAUAGAAUCCUUCGGAUCAUACCCUCCGAUACAGAUAUUGCGACGGAAAAAGCCACAACCUCCACCUCCCAAAAUCCUCCCCGACACCCCUCGUCUACCUCCCAAACACAAGCCCCCCUUCACACCCCUGAACCUACACCCGCCGUCCCCUCGGCACAGUACAAUGGAGGUGAUUCUGAGAAAGAAGGGGCACAACCGGCCGCCACUCCAGCCGCCGAAACAAAAUUCGUGCCGCAACCACAUGCAGAAGGCACAACUGCUCCAAACGCUCCGACACCACCAAGUGGCGGAGGCUCCAACUCCCCUACUCUCCUAGGGCCGACACAACCGAUCGAGGUUGUGAACAUUGACGAUGACUCUACAGAGGACUUCCUGCCUCCCCCUAGCGAAAUACUACAACAUAGGGGGGCAGAAUGGACCUUCAUUCCACGGGCAGAGGAUGAAUCAGUCCCGGAGACGGGGGAGGAGCCGCUGCACCGCCGGACGCGCAGAAGGGAAAUCCACACUCUGAUGGAGGAGGUAGAGACUAGGGUGGCCAGCAUGCAGAGGGCAAAGGAGGAACAGGUGGAGAGGCCCCGCAUAGUGCGGUGGCUGUUGGAUGAGCCAGGGGAACCAGAAAACUAA